AUGUCUGGCAUGCUGGAGUGUGGAACAACAGCACAGAAACACAUGGGGACGAUGUCAGUGUGUCCGUCCCAACUUAAUGUGCAGAACGCAUUAGCCCUGCUCCAAAGGUCUGGCCACCCACCCUGCACCCUGACCCCCGUCCCCGUCCCCGUCCCCGUCCCCCCCCUGGUGAGGACUACCAGGGACGCGCAAUGUCUAGAGUCCGACGACCUCGAGGAGGACAGCCGCUUCACCGCCGCGGGAAAACAGAAGCGCUCCCGCGCGGCGUUUUCGCAUCUACAAGUCCUUGAACUUGAGAAGAAAUUCAACCACCAGAAAUACCUUUCAGCCCCGGAGAGGGCUCACCUGGCCACAUGCCUGAGACUCACCGAGACCCAGGUGAAGAUCUGGUUCCAGAACCGGAGAUACAAGACUAAGAGGAAGCAGACUAAAGACUUCCAGCAGCCGGAGAGCUGCGGGGUGGAGGAGCAGGACAUCCUCCGCUCCUCCGUGCUCAGCUCCUUCUACCGGUCCUGUCUGUACCGACCUCUCCCCGGGGAGCUGGGCGGGCUGUGGGGGCCACCGUUCUGGUGAUGAUGGAAACAUGCCCAGCACAGUCGUGAGCGCACUUAACGCAUAGUUUCGGAUAUUGUGCGAUAAAAAAACUUUUGAUUGUUUUUAAGAACACCUCUAUUUCGAUUUUUUUUUUUACAUGAUUUUAUUAAAAUCGAUAGGAGAGAGGAAACGCUCUUUAUCAAGAAUGCAUAUUAACAUAAUCUGAACUUAAUUACGAACAUUGGCUACUUUCAGUGGUUCAUCUCGGGUCCUCCUGAUAUACCAUGGAUACGGUACAGAGGGGUCGGAGGUAAAGCUCCAUGUGUUACAGUUCACCAGCAUUUGUAAUAUAAUUUUAUUUUAUUUUAUUAUCUUUUUAUUGGAUUAUGCUUCUCCUUUUCCCUCGACCGUUUGUCUCCAGUCUCCAUAAUUGUUCAAUUAAUAUUGCGCCAUAUUUCUAUUUAUGGCAUGGGAGCUGUUACAAUGGCCUUAUUUUAUAACUGUUAUAACUGCGGGAAUUGAAAAUGUCUAAUAAAAAUGAGAAGAGAGAAGUCUGAGUUCUCAUAAUUAUGAUACCAUUAUGAAUAGACCAAUAUGGAUCUAUAAUCUGCGUUAUCAUGUAAUUCAUUUCGUUGUUGUCAUACAUGUUAUCAUGAUAGAUUCUUAAUUUCAAACGAUAAGCAAUAGGGCCAUAUGUCUCACCUGAACUAAUAUAUCUUCUUAUUAAGCAUCUCCCCAAGAGGGUUGAGGCUGAAGCUGCAGAUAUAGACACAACACGUAUACACGUACACAUGGUCAAACAUGUACAUCGGUCUGGGCUGGCAGCUCUAACACUAAGGUUGUUUUUUUAGGUAUUUUGAACUUUAAUCGUGAUUAACAAAGAAAAAAUGAUUUAAACUUAAAAAUGAGAGAAAAAAUAAACUGUCUUUUAAGUGAAUUAUUAAGUUCUGAAUCACAAACAUGACCUGCUAUGUGAACCGUUCGCCAAAGGUUGAUUCUGCACAGUGUCAACGAACCCGAUCCUCCAUCCCCUGCACACACUCUAAUUAACACGACGAUACUCCUACAUAUAUCAUAUGAACUACUAUUACUAAUGAACCACUGGUUCCCUCCCAGAGGACCACAGUGUUCUCACACUGCCUGGGUGUUUCAGUAUUCUGUCCGUCUGACUGUCCACAUCAGCCUGGGGACACAUGAUGACGUGACACAUCUCCUAUACUCUCUCCAUCCAACACAUUAGCCUGGGGAAACAUGAUGACGUGACACAUCUCCUACUCUCCAUCCAACACAUUAGCCUGGGGACACAUGAUGACGUAACACAUCUCCUAUACUCUCCAUCCAACACAUUAGCCUGGGGACACA